CUUCAGUGAUCUCCAAUCCGCCGAAGGAGUGACUGUCCGGUCAGCCCAUCGCACAAACCGCGGGUCCAAAACCAUCGUUUCCAAUACGCGAUUGAUGAAUUUUGGUCCCUAUUUUUUUUAAGUUAGAUUAGCGCACAUAGUUGAUGCUACCUCUUAUCUUAAUUUUAUCUUUGUAACGACUGAUAACACUUUUGGUUCAAUUAAUAAUUUUUAGUAUCCCCGUUCGGUUCGAGAAAUCAAGAUGCAGAUUAUUGUGAUUUUUUCUGUAAUUCUGUGUUCGUUAAAAUACACCUACACUGCCCCAAGUGACAGCAAUGCAUUGUUAUAUCUAUCCCAAUUUGGUUACCUCUCACCAACCAGGGGAAAUUCUAGUCAAUUAUUAGAUGAACGAACGUAUACGAAAGCCAUAGAGGAGUUUCAAGCAUUUGCUGGAUUAAAUGUUACGGGUGAACUAGAUGCAACUACUAAACACACGAUGACCUUACCAAGAUGUGGUGUUAAAGAUAAAGUUGGAACAGCAGACAACAGGGCGAAGAGAUACGCAUUACAAGGUAGUAGAUGGAAGGUAAAGGAUCUGACCUACAAAAUUUCAAAAUAUCCAAGCAAAUUAAAACGUGCAGAUGUUGAUUCAGAAGUACAAAGAGCGUUUGACGUAUGGACUACAUAUACCGAUUUGACAUUUACUCCUAAAAGUGGUCAAGUACAUAUAGAAAUUAGAUUUGAAUAUGGCGAACACGGAGAUGGAGAUCCUUUCGAUGGACCUGGUGGUACCUUGGCUCAUGCUUACUUUCCUGUUUUUGGAGGAGAUGCUCACUUUGACGCUUCAGAAUCAUGGUCUAUAAAUAGUUACAGAGGUACAAAUCUUUUCCAAGUAGCCGCUCACGAAUUUGGCCACUCUCUUGGUCUUAGCCACUCAGACGUUAGACAAGCUCUUAUGGCUCCUUUCUAUAGAGGAUACGCUCCAAAUUUUGAAUUAGAUAGUGACGAUAUUGAAGGGAUUCAAGCACUUUACGGACAGAAGACCAACAAAUUCCCUCCAAGAUUUGACGACGGUGAUCAGGACAGCGACUACGAUAAUAGCCAUAACGUACCUAAAACUAAACCUUCCGGAGGCUCAGAUCCAAGUUUGUGCGCCGAUCCGACCUUUGAUACCAUAUUUACUUCUGCAGAAGGAUACACCUACGUUUUUAAAGGAGAAAAGUACUGGAGACUGACUGACGAUAGUAUUGCACCUGGAUUUCCAAAAUUGAUUUCUGACUACUGGGUCGGAUUACCUGGUAAUAUUGAUGCUGCUUUUACCUACAAAAACGGAAAGACUUACUUCUUCAAAGGAUCUAAAUACUGGAGGUACAAGGGCAAGAAACCCGACGGCGAUUACCCAAAAGAAAUCUCUGUAGGCUUCACAGGAAUACCUGAUGAUGUAGAUUCAGCUUUAGUAUGGAGUGGUAACGGAAAAAUAUACUUCUACAAGGGCAGUAAGUUCUGGAGAUUUGACCCAUCUCAAAAACCUCCCGUGAAGAGUAACUACCCCAAACCCAUCUCCAACUGGGACGGAAUCCCAAAUAACAUUGACGCAGCCUUCCAGUGGACCAAUGGAUAUACUUACUUUUAUAAAAAUAAUGCUUAUUAUAGGUUUAAUGACAGAGCCUUCGCAGUAGACGUGACGACGCCGGCGUUCCCAAGGUCGACGGCGUACUGGUGGUUCGGUUGUAAGGACGCACCGGCUGGUACCAUCGGAUCUAGUGAGUCAAUGAGAGGAACACUGAUUGGUGAAGAGAGCUCAUAUCCGAAAUUUUUCGAUACUUCGAAUGAUAAUGAUACAGAGCACUACCGAGCCAACCCGAGGCAGUGAAGUCCAGCCGCAAACCAUUUCUUAUAAAUGUGCACCAUGACAUGUCCGAGUUACCACCGCAAGAAUUUUACAGCGGAAACGGAAAUAACCACGCUAGUCGCACAGGAAUUUCUUUUCUUCUAGUGACACUAGCGACACUGGCGGCAAUGUUUCUAGCUAGUGUUUCAUAGAAUAGACGAAGUGAUCUUUUCGUUUUAUAAACGAAGCCACUUUGACUGAGACUAUUAACAAUAUUGUGAUUUGAUUUAGGUUUUUAUUAGUUAGAAAGUGACAUUUACGUUUAUAUCAUCAAAUUCAUUGACGCCAAAUAAAUACACAUUACAAUAAUUUUAGUUAAAACAUGUAAAAAACCUAUUUUUUACUCAUAAGUUAAACUGUAAAAUACUACAAGAGUUAAGCUUCAUUUACAUUUGACAAGUUUACUGACUGAAAGUACUUCCGGCCGCUAAACUUGCCAUGUGUAAACAAUAGGCAAGCGCUUGCUAGACAGACCGACUAGUUUACUUGCCACUUGCCCACUAUUUGCUAAGCUAUCACCAGUAGCAAGAUAUCGUAAUGUUAGUUCUACUUAUGUUUCAGGACAAACAAGACUUCUCAUCCAUGUUUCAGACUUUGUAGGUUUAGAUUCAACUAGUUUUAACAGUUUUUGAAACUUUUAGUAAGAUAACCUCAUAAAAAUCCUUCAACUCUAUCUCCUUUACCAGUUGUUCUAAACACACCCAGAGUAUUUCUACGCCUUAUACAAUCUCUAAUCCAAACUCAUUUUUCCUGUUUUUCUUGCGUUGUAACAACUAUUAAACUAUUGGCAAUUUGACUUGCCAAAACAUUGACAGCUGCACGGACUACUGCACUUGGAGUCAUUUUCUUAUCUAACUAUUAGCAAAUAAACUUGAAAAUAUGAAGACGGAAAACCACAAGCAAAUGCUUUCAGCCAAUAAACUUGCCAAGUAUUACACUUGGCAAGUUUACUGGCCGAAGGUACCUGUAACCACUAAACUUGUUUGUGGUACACUGCCUAUAUAUUUUCCAGUUUAUUUGUUGGUAGUUAGAAAAGAAAAUGUCUCCACGUACCGUAGAGCGUGCUGCUGUUAGUGUUUUGGUAAGUGAAAUUGCCAAUAGUUUAAUAGUUAUGUUACAACUCAAGAAAAACAGAGAGACGAGUUUUAAUUUGACAUUGGAUAAGGCGGGAAAAUUCUCUGUGUAGGUCAGAACGACUGUUAAAGGAGAUAGCAGUUGCAGUUAAAGAUCUGCAUUCUUAUAGAAAUUUUUUGAGGUUAUCUUUUCAAAUUUUCAAAAACUGUUAAAACUAGUUGAACCUGUAAAUUCUGAGACAUGGAUCAGAAGUCCUGUUUCUCUUCAAAUAAAAGUAGUGACCGCAAGUUUAGUGGCCGCAAGUACUUUCAGCUAGUAAACUUGCCAAGUGUAAAUGAAGCUUAAAACUACCAAGUGGUACAAGUCAAGUUAUAAAAUUGAUUAAAUGUUUCUGAAUUCUCAACAUUUAAAAGAUCGGUUAACGCUGUAGAUUAUGUUGCAUAAUUUAUGAAAUGUCUUGCCUGUAUUUUUAGUUGCAUACUUUCAGCUUAGGUAGAAAAUAAACUCAUAUUUUAUUCUCUUAAAAAUACAGGUAGCGCUUUAAAUUCUAAAGUUGGGCUUUGCAAAUAUUCUCAAUCAAGAUUCAUAAGCAAUAUUUUUAUCAGAAGUGUUCUUUUGCAAAAAAAAUAUCACAUUAUUAUUCCUCAUGAUAAUUAUUAAAAUGCAUAUGUAAAUCAUCUCAUCUUCAUUUACCAUUGUGGUCUCAAUACCAUUUGCAAAAAUAAUUUUGUGUCCAUUUCAGUAAUCAGUAUGUAAUUAUUUAUUGUAAUAUAGAGAAGAAUUUUGUACUUAUACAUUUCGUUAAAUAUUUUGAAAACAUAAUUUUUGUUUUUAUGUUUUAUCAAACGAUAUUAAUAUAAAACUUUUAUAUCACAAGAACAAAUUUAUACGAUGAAGUAUGUAUUGUUAUUCUCAAAUUAGCAAUAAACCAAUAAAUUAUAUUUUCUAAUUA